AUGAAGGAAACGAGCUUUACCAAAUACAAAAACGCCAUCAAGGCACUUCCUCGAGAAGUUUUCAACCAGCAACUAUUCUUGACCGCCUUCACGUUUGCCUUGUGCGGGUGUCCAAAGGGUUGGGAUGAAGGCUCCGCGGCGUCCAUUACUCAGCUUCAAUCUUUCAAGAGGCAAUAUGACCUCGACAGCGAACUCGACAGCGAGACGAUUGAAAAUCUCGUAUCCUUUGUCAACAUCGGCGCUGGUGUCGGAGCGUUCCUGUCCUUCUUCCUCAACGACAAGCUCGGUCGGAAGCAGUCAAUGAGGCUCUACCAGACCAUCUACAUCACCGGGGCCCUGGUCUCCUGCUUCUCCUACGGCAGUGUUGGUGCGCUCUAUUUCGGUAGAAUCUUUGCGGGACUUGGAAUCGGCGCCUGCACUGUUGUCGGCCCCAUGACGCUGGCAGAGAUUGCACCCAAGACCAUCCGCGGCUUCAUGACUCUUUGGUUCAACAUGGCCAUGCUGCUUGCCCAAGGGCUGGGUAUCUUUGUAGUGUACGGCUGCAGCGUGCAUAUCUCGGGAACAUUGGACCUCCAGUACCAAGUCCCCUGGUUCGUCCAGACCUUUGCCCCGUUCAUCGGCAUCGCCUGCUCCUUCUUUAUCGUCGAGUCACCGCGGUGGCUUGCAAUUCGAUGUCACGAAGGGGAGGCUCUGACCGCAUUGUGCACUCUACGAGGCCUACCUGCCGAUCACCCUACAAUCUUAGAAGAGCACAGCCACAUUGUCCAUACCGUGGAGGAUGAAGGCAGACAUAUCGGAUCCAACGGUUUCCUUGCCGUCGUGAAAGAAACGUUCCUUGUGCGUUCCAACUUCCGCCGUGUUCAGCUCACUGUUAUCGCCUAUAUCCUGGCCCAAUUCUCUGGCGCAAACUCUGUUACCAACUACCUUCCCACAGUCUUUGGGUUGAUUGGAGUAACAGGCCGGAACACCAAGAUCUAUUCCUCAGGGCUCUACGCCGUCGCGAAGCUCGUUUGCACCAUAGCUGCCUCUCUCUUCUUUGUCGACAUGAUGGGACGCAGAAAGUCACUUCUGAUUGGUGUCACAGUCCAGAUGUUCUGCCACUCCUACCUCGCAGGCUACCUCAACGUGUUCCGUUCCGAAGGAAGCUCCGUACCCAAAAGCGCAUCCGAUGCGGCUAUCGCUGCUAUCUACGUCCACGCUUUUGGUUGGGCCGUCGGAUUGUACACCCUGCCUUACCUCUUCGGAGCCGAACUGUGGCCGAACCGCAUCCGAUCCUUCGGUGGUGCACUAUCUCAAUGUUUCCACUGGCUCUUCUACUUUGCCAUCACAAAAGUGACACCCAGCCUCUUGAGAAGCAUGGACGUCUGGGGAGCCUUCCUGUUCUUUGUUGGUUGGUGCAUCAUAGCUCUAGUGUAUACCUUCUUCUUCGUGCCCGAGACAAGUGGACUUAGCCUUGACGACAUGGAUAUUAUCUUCUCGCGUCCCAUCUAUAAGAUGCGUCACCCUCUUUCCGCUUCGGGCAAUGAUAUCGAAAAAUGUUGGUGA